AUGAUAGGAACUGGAGAAUCUGGUAAAAGUACAUUUAUUAAACAGAUGAGGAUUAUCCAUGGAUCUGGAUAUACUGAUGAAGAUAAAAAGGGAUUUAUUAAGCUUGUGUAUCAAAAUAUAUUCAUGGCAAUGCAGAGUAUGAUUAAAGCUAUGGAUAUGUUAAAAAUCCCAUAUAAAGAUCCUAGGAAUCAUAAAAAUGGUGAAUUAGUAAGAACUGUAGACUAUGAAACAGUUACAACAUUUGAUAAGCCAUAUGUGGAUGCAAUUAAAUCCCUUUGGGCAGAUUCAGGAAUACAAGAAUGUUAUGACAGAAGGAGAGAAUAUCAACUCACAGAUUCAGCAAAAUACUACUUGAGUGAUAUUGAUAGAAUAGCAGCUCAAGAUUACCUUCCCACUCAACAAGAUAUUCUCAGAGUAAGAGUGCCCACAACUGGUAUUAUUGAAUAUCCAUUUGAUCUUGAUUCAAUUAUUUUCAGAAUGGUAGAUGUUGGAGGACAAAGGUCUGAAAGAAGAAAGUGGAUUCAUUGCUUUGAAAAUGUUACUUCUAUAAUAUUUUUAGUAGCCUUAAGUGAAUAUGACCAGAUUCUUUUUGAAUCAGAUAAUGAGAACCGAAUGGAAGAAAGUAAAGCUUUAUUUAAAACAAUAAUUACAUAUCCCUGGUUCCAAAAUUCUUCAGUUAUUCUCUUCCUUAAUAAAAAGGAUCUUCUAGAAGAAAAAAUAAUGUAUUCUCAUCUUGUAGAUUAUUUCCCAGAAUAUGAUGGACCAAAGAAAGAUGCCAUUCAUGCUAGGGAGUUCAUCCUCAAAAUGUUUGUGGACCUCAACCCAGACAGUGAAAAAAUCAUCUAUUCACAUUUCACAUGUGCAACAGGUAGGAGCAAUCUACCUGGCCUUGAUCCAUAUUAUGUGGAGGUUUGGCAGUUAUAACUUGCUCCUAUGCUAGCCUGUUGAAUUGCAUACACAGAAAAUAUCAGAUUUGUAUUUGCUGCAGUAAAGGAUACUAUACUUCAACUAAAUUUGAAGGAAUACAAUCUUGUGUAGGAAGAAAUUUUCAUGCAUUUUUUGCAGACCUUGUCAACAAUUACAUUAUUCAUCACAGAUUUCUAUGUUGUCAAUAAAAGACUAUUUACUACAAAUUAGGAGAGUGAAAACUAUGACAAAAUUGCUUGUACCACAUCUUUAUCAGAUGAAGCACAAGUAUAUCAUCUGCUCUCCAAUGCAUCACUUUUUUCAUGGUGAAGGUGACUUUUGCUAAACAAACAGAGAUGGCAAUCUAUUUCUUCCUCUUUUUCUCUUUCCCCUUUUUUUCUUUUUUAUACAUGCAUAUCAUUGUAUAUAUGUAUGUUUUACAUGUAAAUCUGGCAUAUAGUUUCAACAUGACAGUGUGUUGGAGUUGCAUUAUUUUGUUAUAUAUAACAAUUUUGUAAAAUUGAGAAGCAUUUCUAAGAAAUGAUAAUGCUAAAAUCGUUUGUGCCAAAUAGCCUUUUUCAUUUCAUUCAUUUCAUGAUGGAUAUUUUCCUAUUUUACUUUCAACAGAAUUAAUUACAAUUUUGCCAAAGAAGAAUUGUUCAAGAAACUAACGGGUUUGACAAAUGCCCUGAAGGAAUAUACUAAUAAUCCACCCAUUGAAACAUAAGUCAAAGAUGCUGGAUAUUAGUGUGAAUAUUUUCAUGGGCAGUGAAAUGGAUGUGAUUGACACCUCAGCAUAUCAGCAUCUCAAUUUGAAAGUUGCAGAAAAUGUAGCUGCAAUCUUCAGUUCUCUACCUAGUCAUUACAUGUAAAUGUGGUUAAUAUAUUAAUGAUCAUCAUUUUUACUUUUUUUUAUCAACAUCAAUCAAACUAUACUUUUAAGAAUUUACAAAAGAAGAAAACAAUUCCAAUUUAAAUGCAUUUUCAGUGUGAGGACUGUUAAAGAUGAUGAUAAACUAUUAUAUUUAGUAUAAUAUGUAUUUUGUGUCAAUGAUAUGUUUUAUUUCACCAAUAAAGUUAUAUUUAAAAUAUUUAAAGGAGAAUAUUAUAUUUAAGAAAGUUUAAUUAUUAUGAUAUAAAGAUGAUAAAAUUGUUCAUAUUAUUUUAUAGGAUUUGUUACUAUCUCUUCUCCAACUUACAGUCAUGUUGAGAAUUUAAUUUUUGCCUGUUUUAUCUCUGCUUAGGAAGAAAAUAAAGUGAGAAAACUGUACUUAAUUAUUUCUUUAAGAUAUAAUUUAUCCUGAACUUAGUUGAAAUAUAACUAGUAUAUAAUAAAGUACAGUUUGUUGUUGUUAUAUAAUUUUAUUAUUAUUAAAAUUUAUUAUAUUAUCAUCAUCGUCAUCUAACACUACUGUUGUUGAUUAUUAUUACAAAUAAUUAAUUGACAUAAUAAAUGACAUUGCUUUUUAGCAAGUUAGAAAAAAAAUGCUAAGUUGCACAAUUUAUGUAUUUUGACACUGUUAUUUGUUUCAAAACAGUUAAAUUGUUAAAAUAUUUUUCUUAAAAAAAGAGAGCAGCUGUAAUUUGUGAAAUGUAAUUUUUUUUAUGUAAAAAAUGUUAUCUUAAAACCUCACAUGAUGGAAGAGCAGCAUUUGACUUUGGGCCAAGACAGCUGAGUUGUUAGCUAUGCCCACAAAUUGUAUAAAUUGUGUAUGCAUGAAUGUAUGUUUGUGCAUGUAUGUGAAUAUAUGUGUAUGCAAGUGUGUGAAUGAGAGAGCAUGAUAAUUUCAUGCAAAGUGAAGAUUCUCCUUUGAAGAAAUUGGAUGUAUUAUACACUAAGGAAUUUGAAAAUUAUUGAAUAAUGCAAUGCAUCAAAUAAAAUUAAGCAAAAACAUAAGAGAUUAUUAUUAUUCAGAAGUAUGUGCUAGUUGAAUAAAGAAAGCAUUCAAAACAGAAGAGAUGCUCCUUUCUGAUAACUGACAUUGUGUUGAAUAUAACUUGCAAAACGUGAGAUUGUUCUUCAAAAUAAAUUAUGUACUGGUUUACCAUGUUGCACAGAAUUGUAACAAUUGACAGAACUGGGAAAUAAGACUUAUGUUCUUGCUUGUUUGUGUACAAGCAUACUUUGCAUAUUUCCCUUUAAAAUUUGUGCAUUUCUAGUUGUCAAAAGCUGGACAGUUAAAUCUGUCACUGUGAAACAGUGCUGAAUAGUAAUCCUGUAAUCUGCUAUACCAAUAACAGAUCUCUUCAUUCUGUUUUAUUAUAGUGCUUUUUUUUUUACAAACUAUGUAAAAUAGUUAUGCAAACCACUGAAUCAUGUUUUCUUUAUACCUCAAUCUGUGUUGGAAGGGAAAUAAUAAGGGAAAAAGCACCUACCAUUUGAGAACAGUAUUGACAUUUUCCCUCAUUCCAUAAAACUGGAUUUCAUUGUUUUUCAACAGUGUUUUAUAUAAUAUGCCAUACGUUUUAGCUUGGAUCAUUCAAUUUAAAAGCUAACAAAUAAAAAAUUAUUAAUAAAAAAGUGA